GAGAGAGAAAAGAAGAAGACGUGUCCGGAACUACAGCUGUCACUUUUGCGCAAUGACGUCGUAGUUUUUGCGUAACACUGGACCACAGGUAUGAAGCAAAAACUAGAUACUAUAAACCAGUGCCCUCAAAGAGCAUAGCUGACAAUUGUUCUAAGUAGGAGGACAUGUUUGUAAGGGCCACGUUCCCGUCGAGGGUAAUCUAUGGACAUCGAAAUUAAGUAGUAACUUCCUCUUUUUUCAGACAAUUUUCGUGGUGGUUGCUUUUCUGUCGAUAGUAAAGCCCAUUAUCUUGAUAAGAAACACUUGACUAGGGGGGGAAAAAAAAACACCGAAAUAUUUUUGUCUGUGAAACGUUAUUCUCAGUUCCCUUGUCAUAACAGUACGGCGUUGCGUUUUACGCAAUCGUAAGCAGCACAAUGUGCCAGGAUCCUUCUCUUAUUUCUUUCCGUCUUCACAAUAUGGAAUGCCCCCCCGGAAGACUUUGACCCUGCAGUCAUAGCAUCGCUGUAGGCACGAAGCUCCAGGAGCGCGUGUCGGAACUACCUAUUGUAUAUCUAUGGCAUUGACGAUGAACAGAGCAGUAGGCUAAUCUUUGUUUACACUGUAAAUCUUUAUUAUUGUAAGUCAUUUUGGUUACGACAAGAGAUAUGGACCCUUCCUCGUCAGAGGCUGCGGUUGUUAUCGAUAGACCCAUUGUUGAAGCAUGUCCCAAACCCGAACUUUCUGCUGCCAUGCGGGCAAAAAUCGAGAGGAAUCGACAGCGGGCGUUGUUGCUCCGACAAGCCCGGAUAGCGAACCGUCCUUUGGCCGCAGUGGAGGGCGCAACCCCGGCCAAAGUCUGCAAAACCAUCGACUCCGGUGCGGGCUUUUUCAUUGAAGAAGAGGAUGGUGCCGAGGAGGAGCACAAGACCAGUAAGGUGGUGCACCAGCCAGCCCCAGUCAUUGAGCCAGACUACCUUUUUUGCGAUGAUUGUCAGAAGCCCUUUAUGGACUCCUACCUCAGCAACAGCUUUGACCUGUCGGUGUGUGACAAAUGCAGAGACACUGAUGAGAAACACAAGUUGAUCUCCAGAACUGAGGCCAAGCAGAACUACCUGCUGAAGGAUUGUGACCUUGACAAGAGAGAGCCACCUCUCAAGUUCAUAUUGAAGAAAAACCCUCACAACCCACGCUGGGGGGACAUGAAGCUCUACCUUAAAGUACAUGUAGAGAAGCGAUGUAUGGAGGUGUGGGGUUCGGAGGCGGCCCUGGAAGAAGCCAAGGAGGCCAGAGAAGAAAACAGAGAAUUACAGAAACAAAAGCGGUUCAAUAAGAAGGUCAAAGAAUUGCGUCGGGCAGUUAGGAGCAGCAUGUGGACCAAAGACACCAGCGCUCACCAACACCAAUACGGACCAGAGGUGGUGGUGGAUCCGGAAGAGGACCUCUACAAGAAAACCUGCAAGACCUGCGGGCAUGAACUUACCUACGAAAAGAUGUAAAUGGACAGCACGGUUUGAAGCCUCUGAUUGCAAAUGCAUUUUUACAGUCUCACAAAUCAAUUGUAGAAUUACGUCUUUCAAAUAAAGCAUUUGACUCAAUCCAUGCAA